UCGGCGUAUCGCAAAUAUCAAAUAAAAAUAUGACCUUGAAACUGACUUAAAUAACGAUCAUUCAAAACAAAAUGCAAUCGUAUAAAAUUAAAUUCGAAAUUAGAACAUUGGUGUGAGUUUAUUCUAACGGUUUCUGGAUUUUUAUGGUUUUAUUUCGUGAAAAUUUUUCGCAUGUUCAAAGAUGUUUUGUGUCAAUUUUUUAACUGUCGCUGAUGGUGCGAACGUGUGGAAUUUAUUAAGGGCGGAGGUCGCAGACUACAAUGCAUUGUAACGAAGUACAGCUAAAGAAAUGAGUUACUAGCAAAUACAUUACCUGCCUAUCUUUAUAUAAUACGCAUCAGAAUGACUAAUGUGAAAUUAAAACUAAUGUUUUUUAUAUUAAAUGCAGUACUAUCCCCGAAUAUCAUACAUGGUAGGCCGUACUCAGAAAGAAAUGUAACAGAGACGUCGAUACCUUCAGUUGAUAAUCGAUCUUUUACUUUACCAGUAGAUCCUAAUCUUGAUACAUUGGUAGUCGCUAGUGACGAGGAUAUCCCUGAAGAUACGAGAAGUUUUAAAACUCAACUAGACGAUAUCAUGGAAGCUGAACAAGACAGAGACGAAGCUUUAUCAGAGAAAGUCAUGAAGGAUCAAAUUAGCAUUUUAGAAAUGCACAAAGACGACGCUGAGGGUAUUGAGAAACAGUUAAACAUAUCAAGUUCGCUUUUAGAUAAGAUUAUUGACUCGGAAACUGAUAGAGAAGAGACUCUCACAGAUAUUCUGUUUAGACCAGAUUCAGAUUUUGUUGAAGAUGUGCCAAAAUUUGAAUUCUUAAUAUCGAGAAAAUUGAAUGAAAGUGAUGCUACAAAUUUGACUUUAAGCAAAGAUUCUGGUUUCAGUGAUAAUAAAGUGGAGAAAGGGGACAAAAAUAAUAGUGAUGUGAUGAAGAAAGCGGAAUACGUUGAAUUAGUGGAAGUGUUUAAGCCAACAAAUGAGAAUAAAAGUGCUUAUAAUUUAGCUAACAUGACAGGUCAUGAGGUAGACAACGAUUUAGCGCCGGACACAAGUUUUACGGACAUGCAGACGCUGCUGUUGGCUUGCUUCGGAACUCUGUUGCCUCUGUUGGCAGUACUCUUUGCUACACUAGCUGUCAGGUGUUUGUGCCGGCGCUGGUGUCCCGGCUGGUGCAAGAAGCCCUCUGCGUCGACCGUCUCCGAGAGCAGCGAAAAGCACGAUACUAGCCAGCAGGCACGGUCACGUUUCAUUAGAGCAUAG